AUGAUGUGUGGACGAGAAAGCAAGCCUGACUUCAAGUUCCUGCCUGGAACUGGAAGCCGGUUAAAAGCCUUCUUCUCCCAUGAAGCUUUUGGGCAGAAAAAGUUGGCUGUGUUCCUGACAGUGAAGGACUUCCAUUUCAUGGUGGAACCCGACCAAACAGAUGAUAAGGUACAAGUCAAGAUCGCCAGGGAAGGGGGUGGGGCCUGCACUCUCACCCGGCGCCCUCUGUCCCCACGCCGGCCUCCGCGCGCUGCGCUGCAGCAUCUCCGCGCCGCCCGGCCUCCUACCCACCACAACCUCCCGGCGACGUCUGCCUCUGUCGUCGCUGCCACCAACACCGCCGCCAUUCUUGGUGCGGAGCUGGCCUGGCUGGGGCCCGCCGAGAGCCGCCGCCGGUCGGACGCGCGCUCCAGGUGCAGCCUGGGUUCUGGGCAUCUGCUCCUGCAUCUGGCUUCUCACAUGGGUCUUGAGGCAUCUGAACUAGACCUGCAUGGUUGGGCUUCAAGCAGCUUACCCACAGAGCCGUCUCUCCAGCCCACUACUUGUUCCAAGCUGACGCAAAGGGCAGAUUUCAUGGAGAUAUUUGCAGAUUUGGCCCCAGAGUGCAGCCAGUGUCAGUGGCCAAAUAUUGCUGUACACAAACACAGCCUAGUGUGAAGUACCUAGAUCCAAGGUGAGCCUCACCAGCCCCUGGACCCCCUAAUAGCAGAGUUCAUUUGGGCAGGCCUCAUUACAAACAAUUUUGGAGGUUUGGUCAUUCUGUGUAACCAAAACUAGCCUUGAAUGCACAAUGCCCUGCCCUGCUUUCAGAGUGCUGGGAUCACAAGUGUGUGUCUCCAUGUGCUAUGGUUUUCAGAUCCCAAAGCAUGCCCCCUGAAUGUGUCCAGGGGAUAUCUGUUAAUCUGUGUCAUUUCUCUGAGUAUGCAGAGCUUUCUCUUACCUUGCUAUCUCAUAUGAGUUGGGAUCCCUAAAUCAAUACUCCAACUCCAACCAAGUACCCCAACUUCUGAAACUUCUGAGUGUUUACCUGACAGCACAAACAGAACCUACUGCAUAGAACCCAGACAU